AUGCCUCCCUCCAAGAAACGUCAACGAAGCGAAAUUUGGACUCAUUUCGAUAAAGUGGGUGGCACAACGGCGAAGUGCAAAAUAUGCUUAAAGCAGUUUUCCUCGGCUGGCAAUACAUCUAACCUGUGGGACCACCUGAAGAGAACUCACCAUCGCCUUUACAUAACACUGACAACGACGCAGGAAGCUUCAGAGGUGACAAUUGAUGAAAGUGUAAACGCUGGAGCAUCUACAUCUUCUCGGUCCGGUCCAGCGCCCGGUGCUGUAUCCACAUUGAAUAUUGAGGACAGUGUAGCAGCACCUGAACGACAGCCAAACAUCAGUGAGUAUUUCAACCAGAUUUGUGCUAUGUCUUCCACUGGUCCGGCCACAAUGCGUAUCACGGACACUCUAUUAUUCAUGAUUGUUCGAGACUGCAUGCCAUUAGACACCGUCAGUGGAGAAGGAUUCAAGGCCUUUGUGAGGGAAUUGAACCCGCGCUACUGCCUGCCUUCACGACGGACUAUCACGAAGCUACUUGACAGCAAAUUCCAAUCCGUGAUGCUGUAUUUGAAGACAAAGUUAGAUAGUGCUAAAUAUAUCACUCUGACAAGUGACAUCUGGACUGACACCCUAAAUACAAGGUCGUACAUUGGACUGACAGCCCACUUCAUUCUCGAAGGGAAGCUUGAGAGCAGGACUCUUGCAGUGAGAGGCCUGGCGGAGGCGCACACCGCAGAUAACAUCAAGAGCGUGCUUGAAAGUAUUCUGAGUGAGUGGGGCAUUUCCAAUGACAAGGUGGUGUCCUGCAUCACCGAUGGAGCGGCAAACAUAGUAAAAGCUGCGGAGAAUUUGUUUGGGAAGGGAAGGCACCUCCACUGCUUCGCGCAUAUAUUGAACUUAAUGGCAAGCGAAUCACUUCAUGCGUGCACGAAUGCGUCAUCUCUAAUCAACGAAGUGAAAUCCAUAGUAACUUUCCUCAAACAAAGCGUGAAGGCUAUGGAUCUGCUGCGCUCAGAACAGAGGAAGAACGGCGUAGCGGACUCGGAUGUGCUGAAACCGCUGCAAGAAGUGAGUACCAGAUGGAAUUCUACGUACUACAUGAUAGUACGAUACAUGGAAUUGCACAACUGUAUUGUGCAAGUACUGAUGAACCUCAAUGGACCGUCUAUUCUUCCAAAAAAGAAGGUUGACGAAAUCAGUGAAAUGGUUUUGCUUCUCAAGCCCCUUGAAGUUGUGACCAGAGAAAUUUCGGCAGAGGCAUACGUGACGGUAAGCAAGGUGAUUCCUCUCCUCCGGUGCAUGAAGAACGCCAUUGAGCGGUGCGUCGUAACAACGGACACUUGUUCGGAACUAAAAGACGUCCUCAUCAGAAGCUUCGACAAGAGGUUUGGGAAUGUGGAAUCAAACAGGCUCGUAGCCAUUGCCACCUUGCUCGACCCUCGCUUUAAAAGACUACACUUUGAAAACAGUUUGGCUUGUGCAAGGGCCCUCAGCGCAUUGAACGCAGAGGCGGAGAUGCCGACUGUUGAGAGUGAACGCGCACAGCGACCUUUACCAGUAAACCUUGCAACUCCCGAUGACAUCUGGUCCUUCCAUGACAACCUAGUAAGCAAAAAUAUGACGACGCAGGAGGACACUCUCGGGGGACUCCUCGUCUCCGUCAGAGAGUACCUACAAACCCCGGUCAUCGAACGCACGGAGGACCCGUUGGCAUAUUGGAAAAGAAAUAGAGACAACUUCCCAAGUCUUCACUUGUUGUCGGAGAAGUACCUGUGUAUUGUGGGCACAUCAGUUCCUUCAGAAAGGGUAUUCUCAAACGCGGGAAACACACUGACAGUGAAGCGGAAUCGACUAAACGCAAAGCGCGUUGAAAAGCUGAUACUGAUGGGGGGUUUGUCUCUUCAAGAGUGGAAGAACGUGUGA